ACGACUUGAACGUGUCCUGUUCUGGGAAUGAUCGUGAGGUUAUUCAGUGUUCCCUCGAAGAGUGUAAUUGAGCAUUUAUUUGUGCUUUCUCUGAUGGUGGAGCUGCGCGUCGUGACUCUGGAGGCGCCCACGGUGUUUUGUCGAGCUGGACUCUGUCACAGACGCAUCCUGCCUCUAUCUCUCUCCAGGACUGAAGAGUCACUUCAUCCACAGGGGGAGGGAGCUGAGAGCCUGGCAAAAAGGAAGGAGGGAGGCAAAGAAGUCAAGGGACACUUUUUAAUGGAGCAGCAACACGUGGACCUUGGUUUAGUCUUCUUUUGGAUUCGAUCUUCAUUUAUUACCUACUGACCAUCAAGUUUCCAUCGAGCCUGCGUCGUGUUGUUUCUUUCUGUACAGAUUAACUCAUGUUUAUAUUAUAUUUAUAUAAUAUAUAUAUAUAUAUGGUUAGCAAAGUCUGAGUCGUCGUGCUGUCUUAUGUGCGGUGUUGGGAUCACUGUGCUACAUUUCCCCAUCUGAUUGGGGAAAAGGCUGUAGGGAAAGAAAAAAAGAUGGAAAGACUCAAAACGACGAGUUCACAGACGGGAUGGAAACUUUUAAGGGAGUCGCUGCUUCUGUGCCUUUUUGCCGGCCAUGGAGGGGCUCAGUGCAGCGGCUGUGUUGAGUACUGCUGCGAUGGAGUGCCUCCCUUCUGCUGCUCAUACUACGCCUACAUGGGGGAUGUACUCUCGGGAACAGCUAUUUCAGGGAUCGUGUUUGGAGUAGUCUUUCUGAUGGGAGCUGUGGCAGCCAUAUUUUUGUGCAUUUGCAUGUGCUUGAAGAAUGGCCGUGGAGCCAGAGUGGGCGUUUUCAACACAUCAUACAUCAACACAGUGACUCAGGGCUAUCCAGGGCCACCACCUCCCUACAGCUUUGACUACGAGAUGUAUCCCCCAGAUCUUCAACCUCCUCCAUAUACCCCAAGGCCUCCAAGAACAGCAAACUACUCCCCACCCCCACCUUACCCCGGCUACAAUCAAAAAUAAACUUUCGUUAUGCCCACACUUGAGAAGUGGGUUGGAAAACGCUACUUAUGAUAUACAGAGCUGCAUUGGACAGAAUGACAAUGUUACAAAAUAUUAAAAGUUGCCUCUGGUACAUUGUGAGUAAGAAAAAUAACUGAACUCUGGGAUAUUGUGUCUGCAUCCUGUGCAUUCUUAUGACCCAAGGCCUUUUUUAAUACGAUUUAUAUUAAUGGGGAUGUGGAUCAUUCCCAGUGUUUGUAUACGUUGACUUUUUUAAAUGGUUUGGGUGUACAUUUGAAGGAAUAUGCAGGUGGUCUAUGGACACUUGGAUUACUCUCUGACACAAAAUGUAGAAGCAAUGUCAUGGAUAAAGCCAUGCUCUAUUUUGGGAUUAUGACUCGAAGAACAGUUGUAUCUAUUUCAUGAUGAGCCAUAUUGUUCACAUGCAGGACUUUGUACUUUAAUAUGUGAAUAGAAACUAGAUGAUAUUGAUGUCAAAAGAGUAUAAGCCUGUGAAAUUCAAUGAAUACAAUGACUGUGAGGAAGUAGCGGCUCAGUGGUUAAGGAUUUGUUCUACUGAUCAGAAAAAUGAGCAAGGCCCUUAACCCUCAACUUUUCAGUUGUAUCUUGUCUCAAAUGUAAGUCGCUUUGGAUGAAAGUGUCAGCCAAUUAGCAAAAUGUGACAAAUGUAAUUGAUUGAGUGGUGUGCUCAUAAAGAGAAUAGAAAACCAAUGAACUUUUUGUUAAACUCAUUGGGCUACAUAAAUAUACAAUGACGUCAGGAGUAUUGGCACCCAUGGUAAUAAAAAUGGUUUUGUUGUUUAUCUUACACUGAACAUAUGAGAGAAAUAUAAUCUUUCAUGUGAGGUAAGAUAAUUUAAAGAAAAAGAAUAAACACCCUUUAAAUCUGCGUGAGCAGAAUGUAUUUUCCAUGUAUUCUCAUUCGUGUUUAAAUGCUAAGCAUUUCAUCCGAUACGCCUUUGUGGAUGGACUGUUGUGUUUGUGGGGGUUACCAAUGUGACUAUGUAUUUCCAGAUUCGAUGCCGAGAUGCCUCAGCACUCAUGGAUGAAUCAUGUCCUUCUGACACAAACUGUUGUUUUUUUUGUUUUUGGUUGCAUUUCAGCACCAAUGUGGCCUGCACUGUAUCCUGCUUAACUCCAUCCAUCAACUAUUGUGAUUUCUGCAACCCAACUUAAUAUGUUUAGUUUGCAAAUGAAUUGGCUACUAAUUUUCCCCGAGCUCUUCACUUCAUUGCUCUGUUGCAUUGUUGCUAGCAGCUAUGCCCAUUGCCUUCUCUACUUCUGAUUCAGUAAAAGCACUCAGUCCACUUCUAUGAGACUAAUCAUCAGAGUCUUCUCUUCCUGCAGCUGCAAUGCAGAGAAGAAGCUUUAUUUCUUCCCAGUGGGCUCUGCUGCUAUACCUGCUGCUCAUUUCACUCCUCACUGCAGCCGCACAGGAAGAUGAUGCUUAGCCAGCUGUAUUUCCAUAGCCUGCAAGGUGUGCUUCAUGUGUCUCUAAUGGCAUUAUACUUUCGUUGCUAGGCUCUGUAAGUUCAUGUUACAAAUUUGGGUAUUGACCAUGACCAUCAUCCAGAUACAUCAGGGAAGUACAAACAGCUCUCUACCCGACCUGAAAAUACACAAAAGUCUGGGAAAUGAACAAAGAUUCAACAGUUCACAGAUAUAACAAGAUAUAACAAUAGUUACCUUACGUUCACACUAGUGAUUAUUUGCCGGUGUCAUGAGUAGUUUUCUCUUGUGGGAAUCUUAGUUUCAAUAUGCAGUCCCCUCUGGAACUAUUGGAAUGGCAAGGCUGAUUCAUUUGUUUGUGCUAUACAAUAAAGACAUUUGGGUUUGAGAUCAAAAGAUGGAGAUGAGACGAGAUUUUAAGAUUUCAGGUUUUAUUUCCUGGUAUUUACAUGUUAAACAACAUAAAACAUAGAACCUUUUGUAUCAAACCACCCAAUCUUUAGUUGAGCAAAAGUAUAGGAACAGAUAAGUCUUGAAGUAAAUUAAAGUAAAUAACACUUAAUAUUUGGUUUCAUAUCUCUUGCGUGCAAUAACUGCAUCAAGCCCUUGAUUCAGUGACAUCAGCAAAUUGUUAGGUUUUUCUUUUGUGAUCCCUUUCCAGGCUUUUACCUCAGCCUCUUUCAGUUGUUGUUUGUUUUGAGGUGUUUCUCCCUUCAGUCUCCUCUUCAGGAGGUGAAAUGCUGCUCAACUGGAUUAAGGUCUGGUGAUUGACUUGUCCAGUCUAAAACCUUCCACUUUUUUCCCCUGAUACAGUCCUUUGCUGAGUUGACAGUGUGUUUUGGAUCAUUGUUUUGCUGCAGAAGUUCCUCUCGAUUAAUUUGGAUGCAUUUCUCUGAAAAUUGUCAGACAAAAUAUUCCUGUAAACUUCUGAAUUCAUUCUGCUGCAACCAUCAUGAGCUACAUCAUCAAUAAAGAUUAGUGAUCCUGUUCCAGAAGCAGCCAUGCAAGCCCAAACCAUGACACUAUCAGAUGAGAGUGUUUGUUUUGGAUUAUGAGCGGAUCUGUUCUUUCUCCACACUUUCUCCACAUUGCAAAUUCCAAUCUGGCUAUCCGAUUCUUACUGCUGAUGACUGGUUUUCAUCUUGUGUCCUCUAUAUUUCUGCUCUCAAAGUCUUCUUCGAACAGUGGAUUAUGAUACCUUAACCUUUGCCCUGUGGAGCUCAUUGGUGAUGUCACUGACUGUUGUUUUUGGGUUUUCUUUCACAGCUCUCACCAUGUAUCUGUCACCAGCUGUUGUUUUCCUUGGUCGACCCAUUCAGUGUCUGUUGCUCAGUGCACCAGUGGUUUCUUUCUUUUUCAGGACACUCCAUAUUGUUGUAUUUGCUAUGCCCUAAAUUUUGUUUGACACACCUGGGUAAUAAAAACCCUGUCAAUUACGUGUUCCAAUAUUUGUGCUUGCCUAAAAAUUAGGUGGUCUGACACAAAAUGUACUAUGUUCUAUGUUGUUUAACAUGUCUACGUAUAAAUACCAGGAAAUAAAAGCUAAA